AUGACGGCGAUCGACUGGAUCUUUGAAUACACCAAGGAGCGCCAGCGCUUGCGCGUGCUUCACUCGAGCGCCCACGGUCUCAUGGGGCUCUUCCGGAGAUUUGCAGACGCGAGCCAGGUUUGGCUCAUCUUGAUCCUCACCGGUCUAGCCGUGGGCACUGUCGCUGCGGGCAUCGACGUCACCACGGAUUGGCUAGGUGAUCUCAAGACAGGCUAUUGCUCCAGCGGCCCCGAAGGCGGAGCGUUCCAUCUCAACAAGGCGUUCUGCUGCUGGGGGUAUGAUGAGUCCUCAAAAUGCGCCGGUUGGAUUCCCUGGGCCAAUGCGUUUGGCGUGGCGUCCAAGGGCGGGGCUUGGAUCAUAGAGUACAUUGUGUUUCUCAUCUUUUCAGUGUUUCUUGCCUUUUCAGCGGCAGUUCUGGUUCAGGAGUAUGGUAUUUAUGCUAAGCAUAGCGGUAUACCCGAGAUCAAGACGGUUCUGGGCGGCUUCGUUAUUCGCAGGUUCCUGGCCUCUGGGAUGUGGCUGGGCAAGGAAGGCCCCCUGGUCCACGUUGCUUGCUGUUGCGCGAACCUGUUUAUCAAGCUGUUCAGCAACAUUAACGACAACGAGGCUCGAAAACGAGAAGUUCUCUCUGCCGCUGCGGCAUCUGGGAUCUCGGUUGCGUUUGGUUCGCCCAUCGGUGGCGUGUUGUUCUGUCUCGAGCAAAUAUCCUACUACUUUCCGGAUAAGACGAUGUGGCAGAGCUUUGUCUGCGCCAUGACUGCCGCUGUCAUGCUACAGGCUCUCGACCCCUUCCGCACUGGAAAGCUCGUCUUGUACGAGGCUGAGGUCAGCACAGAGUGGACGGAUUUCGAAAUCAUCCCUUAUGCCAUCCUCGGUAUCAUUGGCGGGAUCUACGGCGGCCUUUUCAUCAAGGCUAACAUGGCCGUGGCCCGUUGGAAGAAGAGAUCGACAUGGCUCCCCGGACCCAUUGUUCAGGUUAUUGCCGUUGCGCUUCUCACAGCCCUGGUCAACUUUCCCAAUUUCUACAUGAAGAUCCAGUCUUCUGAACUAGUGUCUAACCUCUUCGUCGAAUGUGGCAAGCACUCCGAAGACAAGAUAGGCCUCUGCAAGACAGGUGCGGCCUCUGCCAGCACCAUUGUCCUGCUCCUCUUCGCUGCUAUUCUUGGCUUCCUUCUCGCGGCGAUCACAUUCGGUCUGCAACUUCCUGCCGGCAUCAUCUUGCCCUCAAUGGCCAUUGGUGCCCUGACCGGCCGGGCUGUGGGCAUUAUCAUGGAGAUCUGGGUCAAGAACCACCCCAAGUUCUUUGCCUUUGGUUCCUGUGCACCCGACAUACCUUGUAUCACGCCAGCGACAUACGCCGUGGUUGGCGCGGCGGCUACCCUCGCAGGCGUCACCCGAAUGACCGUGUCCAUUGUCGUCAUCAUGUUCGAGCUCACUGGCGCCUUGACAUAUGUCCUGCCGAUGAUGGUGGCCGUCAUGAUCUCAAAGUGGGUAGGUGACGCGUUCUCUCGCCGCGGCAUCUACGAGUCCUGGAUUCACUUCAACGAAUACCCCUUUCUCGACAACUCGGACGCCGAGACGGCGCAGAUUCCCGACAUUCCCGCCGCACAGGUCAUCACCCGCAUCGAAGACCUCGUCGUCCUCACGGCGACCGGCCACACUAUUGCAUCGCUGACGGCCAUUCUCGACGCCAACCCGCACCGCGGCUUCCCCGUCAUCUCCGACCCCCGCGAGGCCAUCCUCCUCGGUUACAUCUCCCGCGCCGAACUCUCCUACAACCUCCGCUCCUCGGCCCAGCCCCCUCGCUCCCUGCCGCCCGAGACGGAGGCGUUCUUCACCCACCAGCCCAUGGCCGACCCGAGCGCCACGCUCGAUCUCCGGCCCUGGAUGGACCAGACGCCCAUCACCCUGCCGUCGCGCGCGAACCUGCACCUCGUCGUGUCGUACUUUCAAAAGCUGGGGCUGCGCUACGUCCUGUUCGCCGACAGAGGCGUGCUGCAGGGUCUGCUGACCAAGAAGGACGUGUGGUACGUCCUCAACGGGGCGGACGAGACGAGGCGCACGGCGGGGACGUCUGGCCGGGACGGCACCGUGGAGACUGGGAUCACCAGGGAGGACGGCGACGGCGAGGCCGAGGGCUUGUUGCGAGAGCGGAGUGGGAGCGAAGCCAUGAGUCCUGCGCAUGAGCGGGGGCCCAUGCUGUGA